AUGUCCGUGUUCAAGAGCCACUAUGCCAUCCUACAGCCUUUGAUAUCAACCUUGGCGGAGAGAGGACACGAGGUCUCCGUACUGAGUCACGUCUAUCUCAGUCAACGGCAUCCUAACGUCUCGUACUACGACUACAAAUAUGAUUUGGACGAUUUUUUCAACAUGGAUCAUUUCAGAAAUACUUACGAAACUGCAAAAUGCGUCAGAGACAUCGCUAAUUUCACCAGCCACUUAGCUACGAAGCUCUACGAUGACCCGGCCGUGAAAAAUAUCAUUGCCAAAAAGAACGAGUUCGACCUCGUCAUCUCUGACCAGUUUGCUUUUUUGGUUACCUACCCCUUGAUGGUGAAUAUGACUCACAUCUUGUUUACCGCGUCGUAUCUCACCUCCUUGCUGAGUGCUUACCAGGGUAACGUCUUUAACCCUGCUGCGGUGUCAAACGGCGUCACAGAUUACCCUAAACCCUACUCCUUCCUAAGCCGAGUCAAGAAUAUUUUGGUUACCCUUGGCUACGCCUACAUUUGGCUUUGGAGUGUCAGGUCGCCAGCUGAAGACGCGAUAUCCAAGAUCUUCCCAGGCUUGCCUUCUUCCUAUGAAGUUGAACGGAACGCAAGCCUAAUAUUCUUCCACUCGCACCUUGCCCUAGACGGAGCCUUCCCUCUCUUGCCGAACCAAAUAAUGUUGGGAGGCAUGGUAGCUCGAGACCCUGAACCCCUUCCUAAGGCAUGGAAUGAUUAAUGAACCCUAAUGAUUACCUGU